AUUGGAACUUUUUCAGCACAAGUGUAGCUGCUCUCGCUCCGUGGGACAAAACGCCUUCACUGCCAGCUUCAGCCCAUUUCCAGCUCUCCUCAGAAUGGCCACCACCGCUGUACACCGACUUCAUGCAGCGCCAACCGGUAUCGGCGCACACACUGGCUUCAGCCAUCAAUCCAAUGCUGGGCUGAUCCAUCUUCUUGUGCAUCCAUCCCUGGGCCGGCAAUUGCAUCUUUCACCUCCCAUUCUGUCUCCUAGUCGACCAGAUGCAAUGCUGCAGGGGAGGCAAAGUGUGCGGGUGCAGGCGACAGUUGAUAGCGUCCCUGCUGGGAGGGCGCAACCAAAGUCGACGCCCGAGGUGGAGGCGCUGCUUGACAAGUUGAAGUGGGACGCCAAUGGGCUAGUGGUGGCUAUUGCUCAAGAUGUGGACACUGGCGCUAUCUUGAUGCAAGGCUUCUCCAACCGCGACGCCAUAUCCGCCACGCUCGCCUCCAAGCGCGCCACCUUCUUCAGCCGCAGCCGAAAGCAGCUCUGGACGAAGGGCGAGACGUCGUCAAACUUCAUCGACGUUACCGAUGUCUACAUCGACUGCGACAAGGAUUCGGUGAUUUACUUCGGGAAGCCGGAUGGGCCCACUUGUCACACUGGGGCGGAGACGUGCUACUUCACGAGACUGGAGGAACUGGGAGAGAAUGGUGCUGCGACGCAUUCCGAGGAGCACCCCCCGACCGCCCUGACCACUCUCUACUCCCUUGAGUCGACCAUCGAGCAGCGAUUAGCCGAGUCUCGAGCGGAUGCAGCGACCCGGGGACCUCCCCUGGGCAAGAAGCCAUCCUGGACGCGCAGACUGCUGGAAAGCCCCGAGCUGCUCCGGUCCAAGAUCCUGGAAGAGGCGGAUGAGUUGUGCAGAAGCGUCGAGGACAGCGAGGGCCCCGACCGGACGGCCUCCGAGAUGGCGGACGUGCUGUACCACAGCAUGGUGCUGCUGACGUCACAGGGGGUCAAGUUCGAGGACGUGUUGAAAGUCCUGCGGCAACGCUUUGCCAAGUCAGGUAUCGAAGAAAAGGCGGGACGGAAGGCUACAUGAGGAUGGCAAACCCCUGUGGCAGGUUGACCAAAUGUCUUUUCUUCCGGACACAGGCCGUGGCUGCAUUGUGAUAGACGAACAUUUGACCCUUCAUUCGGCAUGUUUUGCCUGAGUUCCGAGGAUGCCCCGAGGAUGCAAGAAACAAACACAAUCAGGAUUCCUUUGAUUCUAUAUGUGGAGGACACGGUCUGUCCCGCUGCCGGGGGUGCAGGAGGCUGUAGCUACGGCAAUAUCCUGCGAGUGGUUCCAUAAUUUGCCAUGCAUUUGUUUCUCACGCUAUAGGUGGAAUUUCUGCCCCGCCGACCUUUUUAACGAAGUAGCUUUCGUAUGCCUC